ACUGGCGUCAAACACUGGAUCGCAUACGCUUUCAGGAAUGAGUGUUGCUUAUAAGAUUUAUAAAUUGUUUGGCGAACAUCCCGAAAUUAGGUGAGCACGGAAUCUGGUUGCGAAGCUGACCGUCUUCUCUCGCACAGCUUCAACGUGUGUAUAUGUUCUUAUCAAAGUGUCACAGUGGAAUUAUCGGCAAUUAAUCGAUUUUUCGGUAAUGUGACAGUAGUGCCUUUGUGCGAAUUUUCCAGUGAAGUGAUUACGUAAUUGUUGCACGUUUUCCUGGAUUCGAUGAUCCAGCGCACCUCCAUUUUCUCCUAAUUCCCAGUUUUUGAAUAACAAAUACACACGCUGAAUUCGCCCAAUCAUGCAUCACAUGUACCCCCUUGCCAAAGGAGACCCCUUAUGUCCCUUAGGUUUUCACCCACAAGUCAGAUGGCCCACUCGAUGUAAACGAUGCUUUAGAGACUAUAAAGAACAUGGGGGGAAACGAAGAGACGAAGAAUCUUCACUUCGAAGAGACGACACUACGGCGUCGACACCUAGUCUGUCUUGGAGUUCAAGGGAUGCAGAUAGUGAGAGAAGACGUAGCUGGGUAUCUAGCAGCAACUUAGCGUCUGACCGUGACAAUAAUUCUGUAAAAAGUGAAAGUAAUUAUAGCAAUCCAUCAUCUUGGACGUCUACACCAGAUUUAGCAAAAUUGGAAGACGAUACACAAGCUGUCACAACAGUUAGUAUAAAAUUACCAAAGAGAAAACAAAAAUCGAUCGAUACAGGACAAAGAACUGUUUCUGAUAGCUUCUCCUAUAAACCCGAAAAGUCAGUAUUUAGUAAAAACGAUAGUUUAGCAGCACGCGCUAAGAAAUUACAACAAAUAAAAGAAGCAACAGAGGAAAAAAAUAGACGUAUCCAAAUAAAAGAAGUUAAAACAAUAUCAGAGGAACCAACAAAUCAUGAUGUACAAUUUCUUAUUCAAGUAAAACGGAAGUCUACAACAAUUCCACCACCAGUAGAAGAUCACCAUUCAGAACCCGAAGAUGAUGCUGUGAGUAUAGCCGGAACUGAAACAACUGAUACUACUUUAGUAGAUGCACACGAUCAUGAGUUGAGAGACCAAUUAGAAAGUUUAAAAAAAGAAUUAGAAACAACAAAAACAAAAUGUGAAAGAUUAGAACGAGAAAAGAGUGAUAUUCUCUUGCGAAGAUUAGCAGCGAUGGAGACAACAACUAGCAAGACUACAGCUUCUGAAGUUUUGAAACUUCAACAAAAAUGUAACGAAUUGCAACAAACUCUUGAGGAUUAUCGUGACGAGAAGAAGAGUUUAACUUUUAAAGUGAAAGAGCUGGAAGAAGAGUUGGAACAAAGACCUACAGCUCAAGCUGCUCAGAAAAUCGCCGAUGAGUUACGAUCAAAACUUCUAGCGGCUGAAACACUGUGCGAGGAGUUGAUGGACGAAAAUGAAGAUAUUAAGAAGGAGUUGAGAGAUAUGGAGGAACAAAUGGACGAAAUGCAGGAUAAUUUCCGAGAAGACCAGGCUGUGGAAUACACUUCACUUAAAAAAGAGUUAGAUCAGACUACCAAAAAUUGUAGGAUUUUAUCAUUCAAGUUGAGGAAAGCCGAACGCAAGACUGAACAAUUAGAACAAGAAAAGAACGAAGCGGAACGAAAGUUGAAAGAGAUCUCAGGGGGACAAUCAACGUUGGCUAAUUUAGAAAAAAUGAAACAACUUGAACAGGAUUUGAAACUGGCUAAUGAAGUCUCGAUUCGUUUACAAAAGGAGUUGGAUGAAGCAAAUCAAAAACUUCAAGAGGAGUCAAAAACGAGUAAAAAGAAAGCACCGAAGUUGGCAUCAAUUGGCAAAUUUCCAUCUGCUGAUGGAAAAGUAUCACGCGAGUCUUUAACUCGAGGCGGUUCCCAAGACGAUCCUGCUCAGUUAUUGAGAGACCUUCAAGACUCAAUGGAACGCGAAGCUGAUUUAAGAGAACAACUGAAAUUUGCUGAAGAAGAGAUUUAUAACAAAUCAUCUGGACAUUUUAAAUCUCCUGAAUUACAUAUUUUUCAACGCAAAUCUCCUUUAGUUUUGUUUGAACCUAAAAAUGUGAAGACAAGUCAAGAGUCAAAACUUUUUACAGUAUCGACUCAAACUUUGCUUAAUCUAGAUUCAUGUGAAGCAGGGAUACAAACCGUAUUUGAUAUUUGUGACGCUUCUAGUCAAACUGAUCUAGAUAUAGAAAGUCGGCAGUUAUGGCGACCGCAAAGUUUCAUUUCUUCAAUUCAAUUCCAUCAUCUCACAAUGUCAAAAAUUUACCAACCAGCGAGACAUUUUUCACCAAUGGCCACUUUUCUGAACGCAAUGGGUCGUAAAUUAAGCCCCACAAAUAAUACAAGACUGACCCCAGAACCACCUUCUGAGAAAGGUGAUGUAUCAGACGAUGAGGACCCCGCAGAAAUAAAAUUACAAUUAGAAUUGAGUGAACAAGAAGCUUCUGUUCUUCGACGCAAAGUUGAAGAUUUAGAAGCAGAAAACCAUAGAAUUAAAACCAAAAAUAAGGAAUUGCAAGACAAACUUACUGCGAAAACUACCACAAAACGGACCCCUGUAGGUGGAGAAAAAGUCACAACAUUGCAAAGUCAGAAGCUUAAGGUUCUGGAAGACGAGGCCAAUGAUCUUAGGAAGAAACUCAUUGAGAAAGAAAGAGACUGUGAAAGACUACACGCGGAACUUAGUUUAAAUCAAAAGAGAAGUAAAAGUGUUCAAAAAAGCAAGUCUUUGGAUUUGGAUCAGCAAACCUUGGAUUUGAAACGCCAACUUCAAGUAAUUGAGCAAGAAGCAAGCAUUUUACGAAAUAAAAUUCAAUCGCUUGAAACAGAGAACGAAAAAUUAAUAAGUGAGAAUAAAAAACUUCAAUUACUCCGAGGAACAAAAAAUCUCAAAUCUUCGGAUAAAAAUAUAGACAAAUACAUUGACCAAAUAGCUUUUCUUGAAAUAGAAAUUUCGGAGAAAAACGAGAAGAUUAAAGCGUUGGAAGAAAAAUUAGAAACAGCUCUCAAACAAGAUUCAUUAAGUCUGAAAGAAGGAAAUUAUAAACGAUUUGUAGAGAGAACACCUAAAAAGAUUUCGCAGUUAACGUCGAAAGAUCAGUUGAAGACUAUGGUGCAUGAUUUAGAGAAUGAAAUUGGUGAAAUGAUUGUAGCAAUAAAAACCAGUGAAAAUGAGAAGAUUAAAUUAGAAGAAGAAAUGAAGAAAAUGAAACAUCAGAACGAAGUUAAUAAAGCGAUGCAAGAACUAGAAGAAAUGAAUAAGAAAUUUGAAGAGAUGAAGACUGAAUUAUCGAAGGAAAAGGAGAAAGUGAAUGAAGAGAGAAAUAAAUACGACGAAAUCAACAAAUCAUUAGUCAAAACUAAGGAAACAUUGACAAAAUCGAACCAAGAAAAGAAGAAACUUAAAGAACAAAUUGAGAAAUUCAAAGAAGAACAGAAGAAAGUACAAGAAGAGAAAGAUAAAUUGGAUGAAGAAAUAGCUAAAUUGAAAGCUAAUUUAAAAACCGCAACUUAUAAACAAGACGAAUUAACUUUAAUAAGUCAAAAAGCUGAGUCGCUAAAAUUAGAUCUUGAUUCUAAAGAAAAAGAGUUGAAAACGAUCAAAAAAGAGCUUGACAGUAAAAUUAAUGAGUUAUCUGAAAAAUCUUCGAAGAUAUCUCAAUUAGAAAAGAAAUUUAGCGAAACUGAAGAAAAAUUAAAGAAGGCGGAAAAACGCGAAAGGGACUUAGAAACUAAAAUUGAUGAAGAGAAGAGUAAAACCAAGUCGAAAGAAGGAGAACAAAGUAAAUGGAAUGAAGAGCGUAAAAAAUAUAAUAACCAAAUCGAGGAAUUAAAUAAUAAAAUUUUAAGUUUGGAAACCACAAUUGAGAGUAAAAAGAAAUUAAUCGAACGUUUGGAAGAGAAUUUGAAAAAGGAACGAGAAUCGGUUUCCAAAGUGGGCGAAAUAGAAACUCGCGAAAUUACAAAAUUGAAAGAUGAAUUAAGUAAGAGUAAAGCUAAUUUGGCCGACAUCGAGUCUAAAUUGGCAACGUCUCAAAAAUCUCAAAAAAAUCUAGAAGAUAAAUUAAAGAAAUCCGAGGCGGAUAAUAAGAAUGAUAAAUUAUCUCUUGAGAAGAAAAAAGGAGAGUUAGAAAUAGAAUUACAAAAUGAAAAGAAGAAAAACGAGGUGAUAAAAGCUAACCACGAGAAAGAGAAUAAAAAUAAGGAAAUGGAACUUGCUUCACUGAAAAGUAAAAUAAAAUCGUUGGAAUUAAAUGCCGGAGCUGGAACUAAAAGAUUAGCCGAAAUUAAACAAUUCCAAGAAACUAUAGACAAAUUAGAAAGCAAUUUAAAUAAGGAAAAGCAGAAAUAUGAAGAUCUCACAGCGAAAUAUGAAAUUUUGGAAGAAGAACAUGUAGUAACCAAAGCCAAAUUGGUUAUGGAAAAAGAAACUAUAGAAAACCAACUUUCUAAUACUAAGUCACAGCUGGACGAAUUAGAAGUUGAGUUGAAAACACUAAGAGAAACAUACAAUAAACAACACGAUGAAUGGAUAAAAGAGAAACUAAACAUGCAGGAAAAAAUAAAAGAGAUUGAAAAACGUACCGGAAACGGAAGUGAACUAGAUAAAGUGCGUUAUAAAGCAAUGCUGGAAGAUAAACAAUCUGAAUUGGACCAGCUGAGGAAAGAAAAUGAGGUGAUAAAUGACCAAAUGGAAUAUAUGAGAAAGGAGACUGAUGAAUUGAGAAAGAAAUUAGACGAUUAUGAGAAAGUAAAUAAAGUACAAAGGAAUAUAAGUGCCGAUAGUUCAGCAAUGGAAAAGGAAAUAAGACAACUUAAAGCAAAAUUAAGUUCUAUUGAAAAAUCCAAGAAGCUCGAAUUGGGUGAAUACAAAAUGAGAUACGAUAACCAACUUUCUAUAGUCAAUGGUGAACUUCAACAACUUCAAGGCCAAGUAAUGCGGUUCAAGCGAGAAAGAGACACUUAUAAGCACAUGUUAGAGUCGGCGCAAAAAACUAUCGGCGAUUUGAAAAAUUCUCCAAGAACUGCUAAAGACAAUACGAAUCCAGCUGCACAUUAUGAUGAGCUGGAAGAAUCAAAAACGAAAAUUGCAACUCUAGAACAGCAAAUCAGUUGCAUGGAAGACGAGCUUUCGGAAGCUCGCCUUGAAUGUUCCCGACUGAAGACCGAACUGGUGUCGGAAAGGUCAACAUGGGAAGUAAAAAUGUCUGAAUUGCAUUCCCGAGUUAAUGAAUUAGAAGAGGAGAAAAUUCUUAGUAGUGGAAGGACAAAAAUUGUGGGAUUGAGAACACGAAUGGAACUCGCCUGGCAGAAAGAACGGGAGGAACAGCAAAGGUUACUGCAGGAAACUGCGACUUUAGCCCGUGAUCUUCGACAAACGUUGUUUGAAGUUGAAAGAGAACGAGACAAAGAAAGAUUAGAAGCGAAACGGAAACAGGAACAAUUCAAAAAAUCUUCCGAGGAGGAUCAAGAUGAAAAUAAGAAAAAAAUAACUGAGCUACAGUGUGAUUUAUUAGAACUGAGAGACGCUCACGCUAAAUUGAGAACCACAAAUGAGAAGCUUCGGCGCGAAAAAGAACGCUACGAAAAAGAAAGAGAAGAGUUCAAAUCAAUUAUUCAAGGCAAGAAAAGAUUAAAUCAAGAAGAUGAAAGAAAAGUAAAUGUUUUGAUUGAACAAAUUGAUUAUUUGAAACAAUUAGCACCAGAAUUGUUUUUCUCUCGUGACAAAGAAGCUUCAUAUACUCCAACUCCUCCACGACGAAGCAGAAGCUCAAAAUCGAGGGAGACUUCACCAGCCAUCGAACGACGCGAAUCGUCUCUUUCACCAGAGGAUAAGCAACAAGAAAUUCAAAAUUUGAUGCUGAAAUUGGCAAACACUGCGGAAGAUUUGCGAAGACUUCAGAAAUUAACCGAAGAUGAAUAUGAACGAGAACGAAUCAAACGCAGUAUGGGAAUGAGAAGAGCGACUUCGACUGAACAUGAAAAUGUUUCCGAAAGUAGAUACAAGUCGUACCAGAAAAGAAAAACCGAUGGGAGCUUACAUCGAAAAAGCUUGUCUUUAGAACACACAAUAGCCCAAAAUGAACCCAAAAUAUGGAAGAACGAUAAUGACAGUAUGUCAAGUCUUCAUUCUUUGGAUAUGUCUUCAGACGUUGAAAGGUGGACGACUAGAGACACUAGUUUAGACAGUCGACUGUCUGGUGGUUCGACUCAAAGCGAAUUUGCUGGUGAGAAGAAAAAGAAGAAGGGAAUUAUGGGCAAACUGAAAAAAUUGACCAAAUCUAGGAGCAUAGAUGACGAAGAUCCUGGAACUUUUUCACCAUCAAGAUCAUUGUCAUCAAAGCAAAAUUCGAGUUCCGAACUUCUGGAAGAAAAAGGGAGCAAGAAAGAUUUAAGGGAGAGAAUAACGGGUAUUUUUAAGAAAAGUGGCUCUUCGUCAAGGAGCAACAGUGUUGAAAGACAUGAAGUGAGACAUGACACAAGUUCAACACAUAGACCCUUAAUGAGAAAUGGUAGUGGUGGAAAUUUAUCAUCUCGAGCAUCUCCAGCAUUUCAGGAACCAGAAAAGACACCAAAAGCAAAAACUAAAAGAAAUUAACAUUUGAAACAAUUUCCAUUUUUUAUCCCCUAAAUUACGUGUUUUGUUGUUUGAAAAUAGUGUUUCAUGUUAAUAGAACUGUAAAUUUUAUGUUUGUAAAGUGAUUCUUUAAUUAAAGUCGCUAUUCGAA